AUGUCGGCCCCUACUCAUAGGCAUCGGUCAAAGUCUGCUCCUCGGGGCAGAUCACCUGACCCCAGAGCUUUGAGAAAGGCUGCAAAAUCAAUCAAGGACAAGAGUUCUGGGUAUGUGACACCACCACCCAACAGCAGCAAGGAUGACCGCAGUUCCGGCAGCAAGAAGUCUGAUCCAGUCAGGCGCAAGAUCAGCUUUGGUGAGAACAAGGUGCAUCAUAUCGAAGCAGAGAACAUAUCGCCUGCGGACAUGAGUAGCAAGAGGGCUGCAAAGAUCAUUUCUUCUUUGAAGGACCCCUCUGACAAGUCGACCGCAGAGAAAAAGGAAGCCGACGCUUCGGACUCUGACCAGGAUGUAAAAGUGAAGGCAAAGAAGCGUUCCAAAGAAAGCGAGCGGCAAGACAAGAACAAGAAGACAAAGACCGAAGAAGAUAGCAGUGAGAGUGAGAAGGAAGAUAAGAAGGACGAGAAGAAGCUGAAGGAAGAGAAGAAGCAUAAGGAAGAGAAGAAGCAGAAGGAAGAGAAGAAGCAGAAGGAAGAGAAGAAGCAGAAGGAUAAUGAAAAGGAGAAGGCACAGGUGAAAGAGAAUACACGCGCAAAGAAGGAAAAGGAGCAGAAAGCAGAGGAGAAGGAAGAGAGCGAGGACGAUGAGAGUGAGGAAGAGAGUGAGGAACAAGAGAGUGAGGAGGAAUCCGGUGGUGAGAACAGCGGCAAUAGCCAGGAUGAGGACAGUGAAGAUGGAAGUGAGGAGAGUGGCUCUGCAGAGUCUGGUGAAGAUGAAAGUGAAUGUGAUGAGGAGAGUGAAAGUGAAGAUGGUGCAAACGACAGCGAAGAUGAGUCUGAGAAGAAGGAGGCGCCAGGCAUUCUGAAAAAGAUGGACGCACCACCCUCUGAAAAUGGGUCUGAUGACUCAGAGGAGGAUCAGAGUGAUGAGAGUGAUGAUGAAGAGAGCUGUGAGGAGGACAAAGAGAAGGUGAAGAAGAAGGAAAAGGUGUCAAAGAAGGAUAAGACAAAGAAGAAGAAGAAGAAGGAUAAGAAGGAGAAGGAUAAGAAGGAGAAGGCUGAAAAGAAGAAGGGUGAAACGAAGGAUGAAAAGAAGAAGGAUGAAAAGAAGAAGGAUGAAAAGACCGAUGGCAAGGAGGAUAAGGAGAAGGAUGGGAAGAAAAAGAAGGGCGAAAAGAAGAGAAAGUCAAUGGACAGACAUACGGAUGAGCCAUCAAAGAAAGAACACAAGGCAGAGGACGAAGAGAAGGAAGGAAAGGUAUGGACUUCCACCAAGUACAGAGCUGAAUGGCAAAAGUUUGGCAGGCAGCAGCUGUUCAACGAGUUCAUGGAAUCCGGAAAAAACUUUGCUGAGGUGGAGGCCCGUUUCGAGCAGAUCAUCCCGGACCCCGAGCUUCCGGGGGAGGACGAGUUGCUCUACUUUGUCCUUGUUGAGUUCAACUUGGAGGACAUCAAGGAAAUGAAGCGUGUCAUUCAGUUGGAGAUGACCGGUACCCUUGACAGAGAUGGGUUGAAAUCCUUUGUCGAAGCUGGAGGCUGCUUGGAUGGGAAGCAGCAUCUAGCAGUGGGCGAGCUGCAGUCAGCAGCCGGCAUGAGUAAGAUGAUCAAUGAGGUGGGCUUGGGAGCGAAGGCAAAGAACAAACCGAAGCCAGGUGGUGGUGGAAACCCUAAAGAGAAGGAGGUCAAGAAAGUUGAGCCAGAGACACCACUAGCACUAGCAAAAGAGCUGGUAGAGAAGAUUUUGAAGGACAUGAAUGAAUGCAGGAACUAUGCCUUCAACCUCAAGCCCCACUCCAUGUCGCAAGAACUCAUCGAGCAGCUGAAGGCUUGUUCAGUUGCACUUGGCGAGCAAGCAGAGCUGCUUCAACAAAAGAUCAAAGCAAAAGCCAACAAGAACAAAGAUUAUGCAGACCUUGUGACUAAGGUGGAAGAACUUCGCAAGAUUGCCAAAGAGCGAGUGACCCUGGCGAAAGCGUUGAUCCGAGCUGUUGACAAGCCAGCAAAAGCGGCUGCCAAGUCAAAACCCAAGGAUCCUUCCUCAAGUUCCAAGACCAAAUAG